GGACGUACCCAACCAGGAAGUGUCCGUGGCGCGUAGUAACUGAAGCAGCAUCACAACAGAGCGCGUCUCCACGGAUUUCGGACUGGUUCCGUUGUGGUUCUGAGUUUUAUUUAGUCAGAACCGAACCGACAGAGAACAUGUCGAGGAAAGUCAGCGAAGACUAUUAUCGCUUCUUUACGGUGACUGACCCGCGGACACACGAGAAGGGGCACACCGAGUACCGAGUGUCAGCCCGGUUUGUGUCCAAGCGUCAUCCCGAAGACGUGAAGGAGGUGGUGGUGUGGAAGAGGUUCUCAGAGCUGAAGAAGCUCCACGGAGAGCUGGUCUACACGCACAGGAACCUGUUCAGGAGGCACGAGGACUUCCCAGCUUUCCCACGAGCGCAGGUGUUUGGAAGGUUUGACGAAGCUGUGAUUGAGGAGAGGAGGAAGGCGGCAGAAGCCAUGCUUCUGUUCACCGCCAGCAUACCCGCGCUCUACAACAGCCCACAGCUCAAGGACUUCUUCGGGGGUGGAGAAGUCACUAGACCCCUUGAUUCCUCUCCCCUGUCCCUGGGUGGGGCUCUCCCUCCCCCGCUUAUCCCCCUGCCCAAGCGGAGAGCCUCAGACUGUGAGCCUGCUGAAGAGGAGGAGGGAAGAGAGGCGCCCACCUUACCCCAGGACCUGGGCACCAACAUCAGGCUAGUGGUGGGGGAACCGGAGCUAGCUGCUGAGGCCUACAGCGAGGUGGAGAGAUGUCCCAGAGAAGAAGAAGAAGAUGUUAGCGACGCAGAACCAGAAGAUCGGGCUUCCUCCCCCGAGCCGUCUCCAGUGAGACUCCAUCGAUCAGCAGCGGCUCAAGAGGAGUUUGACUCUCUGUUUGACGGUUUGGAGGAAGACCGGGCCCUGUCCUCCAAGGACGAGGGACCCCCUCCCCUCUCAGAUAACGACCUGGCUGUCUUUGAUCCCUGCUAUAAACAAGACAGAUCCGGUUCCUCCACUGACCACUCAGAGCUGUUCUCUCUGCCGCCGGCCAGUCUGAGCGGAGCCGACGCGGACUACCUGAACCACGCAGCCAGAGCGCUGACGGCUGCCAUGGACAAGGAGAAGGAGGGGGACUUUAGCGGUGCCAUCCGUGGCUACAGGACAGCCGUGGACUUGCUGAUCACCGGAGUUCAGGGAGACGCUGAUCCAGUUCGUAGGGAGGCUGUGAUGAGAAGGACGGCUCAGUACCUAAAGCACGCUGAGAGGCUUGUCGACACUCACUCCUCUCCCAGUCACACCAACUCAGCUACACACACGCAUACACACAGCCCGUAGACGCACACACACACACACACACACACACACACACACACACACACACACACACACACACACACACACACACACACACACACACACACACACACACACACUGAAACCGAACAGCUCAGGUUUGUGGUGCACAUAAUUACCCAGACGAUGCUACAGUUCGAAGAGCACAACCAUAGGAGCACUGAUACACACCCCUGAGGUACGCACUACUCUGCACACGGGUUCCACAAGUAUGAAGAGGCGUAACGAAACAAACAUCUUUCUUGUCUUUAUCUUCCUUUUGUAACGUACUGUUAUUAUAAUACUCUGGUUUGCAUUUUGCACAAUGUUUUGUGAAUAAAUAUGAUUUUAAUUUAA